AUGCCUCCUCCAGAGUCCGACAAUAACGUUACGCCAUGUUCGUCUCGCGCCCGACCACUAUCAAGCCCCCCUAUCCUACCUUUGUUGAGCUUCCAAUCGCCUGACAUAACCGAACUUGAGUGUCCGUCCCCAUCUCCGAUCACUUGGCAGUCAGAAAAAACGCCAGCAGAGUUGUACAGCUGUGAACCGGAGAAAGUACGGAAGAGUGUUGGAUUUCUGGAGCCACUAAGUACGCCAUCAGAAUAUACCGCACAAGGAGAGGGCCUUAAAGCUCCUACUUCUCUGGAACCUUCAAACUCUCCCGCGUCAUUGAGAAAGUCGAUUCUAAAGCAUUCAGACCAGACUUUCUCCCCACCAAAAGCCAGUCGUCUGGAAGAAGUUGAAGGAUAUUACCUAAGUCAGGCUAUGCCAAAGCGGGCAAAAGGCCCAGAAUAUGUGUACGGGUCAUACCAGAAGCAACCCAGGCCAGACACUCUUCCCAAGCCGAACAAGAAGAGAGCACUUCGAUUGCCAACUCGCCUUGGCUCCCCUCCUCGCCGAAAGUUCUCCUUUGACGACGAAGAUCUUGCUACGUUCGUUGACGACUCUUUCGAAGAUGCCAUGACGACGGAGAUUGAGCACAAUGAUAUCAAUGAACCAGCUGCCAAGAGACCGACCCAGAACGACCGUCAUUCAUCCGGUGCGUUCAUUGAAUACUACGAUUUGUUUGUCAGAGCCGAGCAAGAUCCUACCGUAAUCUACAACAUCCGAACCAAGAAGUUCAGGGCAGAGAAGAGAAGCUCGUUGACGAAGAACGGAAACGGAGAGGAAGUGGAGACAACAUCUCAAUCGUUGACCAUGAGUGUUGACAAUCCACCCCUCUUGUGCGACGGAAGGAUGACCAUUGUCCAGCUACCAAAGUCUGGGGACACGGUCACUGUUCGUUGGAGAAACCUCGACAAGUUUGAUCACGAAGUUCGUCUGAGGGAGAGGCAGGUGGAAUUACCAACGUGGGUAUUGACGGGCAGAAGAUUGCGGAAGAUUGCGGAUAUGUUUGUUGAGAGGGCCUGA